AUGGCACUGGGUGCCGACCAUGCCUCUUCAGGUUUGGGGCGUGAUAGGAAUGGUAGGCCAAAUGCAGAAUGCAUCUUCAAGAGGCUGGAUAGGAUCUUUGUCAAUCUUCCUUUCCAGAAUCUCUUCCCAAAUAUUAAGGUGGAGAACCUUAUAAGGACUAGCUCUGAUCAUGCCCCAUUUAUUGAUGAGUUGUGGGGAAGAGGCUAUGUAAAGUUGAAAAGAGUGAAAACUGCCCUAUCUCAAUGGAGUAAACUUACAUUUGGAGAUAUCUUCAAGCAGCUAGCUAUUAGGGAGGAUAUUUCCAGGGUUGAUGAGAUGCUAUUUGAAGAUGAGCCAACUAUUGAGAAUAUGAUUGUGCUUCAACAGGUACAAGCUGAAUUAAAGAAGUAUCUUAGCAUUGAAGAGCAGUACUGGAAACAAAAGGCAGGAAUGAAUUGGUUUGCUGGAGGUGAUAGAAAUACAAGAUUCUUUCACACUCAUGUGAAUGGCAAGAGGCAGAAACUGCAGCUCAAAAUAAUUCAGAAUGGUGAUGGUGAUUGGCUUGAAUCCGAAGAUCUUAUGGCUAAUGCUGCAAAUCUGGAAGUGUGUAAGUUUCCUACAAUAGAAGAAGUCAAGGGUGAAGUAUUUGCAUUGAGUGGGGAUAGUGCAAGUAGACCUGAUGGCUUUAUUGGGUUGUUCUAUAAACACUGCUGGGACAUUGUGGGAGAAGACAUCUUCAAGCUGCUGCAAGAGUUCUAUGGAGGGGCAUCAUUGACAAAAUCCAUAACACAUACUAACCUUGUGUUGCUGCCUAAGAAACCACAAGUGCAAACAUUCUCAAACUUAAGGCCUAUAAGUCUAAGUAACUUCAUCAACAAGGAGAUUGUCACUGAUAUAAGAUUGAGAGGGAAGCCAUCUAAUGUGGUGAUCAAGCUUGAUAUGGCAAAUGCAUAUGAUAGGGUGUCUUGGAAAUACCUACUGCAUGUGUUGCGGAAAAUGGGUAGAUGGGUGAAACAAGGUGAUCCUUUGUCUCCAGCAUUGUUAAUUCUGUCUGCAAAGGUGCUAUCAAGAUCAUUGAAUAAACUGUUUGAAGACAAGAGAUUUAUAAGAUUUGGAAUGCCAAAGUGGACUGAUCCAUUAAACCACUUGGCUUAUGCUGAUGAUACAAUAAUUUUUGCUUCUGCUGACCCUUACUCUUUAGGGAAAGUGGUUGAAGUGCUCACACUGUAUGAACAAACUUCUGGCCAGCUGAUCAACAAGACAAAGAGUUCUUACUAUAUGCAUACAAAGGUGGCAAAGAACUUAGUUGAUUCUGUUGGUGGUAUAACUGGAUUUCAAAAAGGCAAGUUCCCAUUUACUUACCUAGGGUGUCCAAUCCUUUACACAAGGAGGAGGAAGGAUUAUUAUAAUGAUCUCAUUAAGAAAGUGAAGGCAAAACUACACUUUUGGAAAGGGAAACUACUGUCUUUUGGAGGCAAAGCUACUCUUAUAACUAGUGUGCUUCAAAGUUUACCUACUCGCAUCCCGUCAGUCUUGGAUCUUCCUGAUAAUGUUCUUGAAUAUUUGCACAAGAUGUUUGAUACAUUCUUUUGGAGUACUAAGGAAGAAGGCAGAAGUAGGCACUGGACCAAGUGGCUAAAUUUGUGUCUCCCUAAGGAGUAA